GUAUAAAAGGGAAGGCUCUGCAGCAUUUCUGUACUGGUGCAGUGGCAGACAGCAGAUCGAGCAGUAAGGUGUGCAGAACAAGGGGGACUACAUUCAAAAAACAGAACAACAUACAACAGCAGACAUCAUGAGCUACGACCCCUAUAAUCCCCGCAGGCCCUGGGAUGAUUAUAGGAGCAUCCUUCCAGCCAAGUCCACCAUCUCCUCCUCCAUGUAUCCACUGCACCGAUCCUCCCCCUCCGUGAAGAGGUCCAUCCGGACCUCCCUCUCCUCCAUGCCGGACUCCCUGGACAGGGUGGACCUUUCCCAGAUGAGCACCCUCAACACCGAAUUGCUCGGCCUGAGGGCCAAGGAGAAGGAGCAGCUGGUGGACCUCAACGACCGCUUUGCCACCUACAUCGAGAAGGUCCACUAUCUGGAGCAGCAGAACAAGGUGCUACUGGUGGAGCUGGAAGCCCUCAGACAGAGGCAGAAUGACCCCUCCCGACUGCACCACAUUUAUGAGCAGGAAGUGCGCAGUCUGAGGGCUCUGCUGGACACGGAGACCAACGAGAAGAUGCGCAUGGAGGCAGAGAGGGACCACCUGCGGGAUGUCUAUGGCCAGAUGAAGGACAAGUAUGAGGAAGAGGUGCGUCUGCGUAUGGAUGCUGAGGACACCCUGCACAAGAUCCGGGAGGCGGCAGAUAAGGCAGUGCUGGCCAACAGCGAUAUUGACGGCAGCAUCAGCUCCCUGGUGAACGAGAUCUCUUUCCUCAGGAAGGUCUUCUCCGAGGAGAAUAAUGAGCUUUCAUCGCAGAUCCAAGCUGCCAGCAUUACUGUAGACAAGGAGGUGGCCAAGCCUGACCUCUCCCUGGCUCUGAAGGAGAUCCGAUCCCAGUAUGAGAAACUGGCCAACAAGAACAUGCAAGCCGCUGAAGACUGGUACAGGGCCAAGUUUGCCACCGUAGCUGAGAUGACCAGCAAGAACAACGAAGCGGUGAGGUCCAUCAGAGAAGAGACCACAGAGUACAGGAGGCUGCUCCAGUCCCGGUCCUCAGAGAUCGAAGCCCUCAAGACUGUCAUUCAGUCCCUCAACAAGCAACUAGAGGAUCUGGAGGAAAGGCAGUCCAGAGAAGUGGAGAAGUAUCAGGAAAGGAUAAACGAGUUAGAGAAAGAUAUCAAUGAUGCCAAGCAGGAGAUGGCACACUACCUGAGAGAAUAUCAAGAUCUCCUGAAUGUCAAGAUGGCCUUGGAUAUUGAAAUAGCUGCAUACAGGAAACUUCUGGAAGGCGAGGAGAUCAGGCUGUGCUUUUCCUCUUUGCCCGCACUCAGCUAAACAAGAAACCAGCUGAAUGAGUCAGCACAGAAGCCAGUCGUGCCCUUGUUAAUUUACAAGAGGUCCAUUUCAAACUCCCCCUUCUUCUCCACACACUGUGUAUCUGAUUGUCAAACACUGAAGGUACAAGAGAAUCUGGGCAAACCCAAAAUAGGAUUCUGAAAGAAACGACUGCAUUAACUAGCAACCAGCAAACCAGUACAUAGUAUCCUUUUGGUAAUAGUAUCUGUAGUUGAAUUCUUCGUAUAGGUUAAUCAAUCGUUGCAAAAAAAUUCUUCAAAUUUGUAGCUUCAUAAUUCCAUGUAAUUGAACUUGGUCUAUGUAGGAUCCACACACAUAUUUCAAAUGGCAUUAUUUAUAAAGGUUAUAAAUAAAAUGUAGGCAAAACAAAGCUCAAAUUAAUUCACUCGAAAUGAAAGAUGUUGAAAGCAAACUUUUAAUUACUGUACUGUGACUUGUUAUGUUCUGUCCCAAUUACCAAAAGGAUAUUUUUCCUCCACCCCUAGUUUAAUUAGUAAAAAAAAAAAACAUUUUGUUGCAUAUAAAUCAGUAGCAUAAUUUUCAGCUGAGCUUUAAAAAAGUAUUUAGCGUUGUUCUAUAAAAUACAUUAAAGAAAUUGAUACUAUUGACACAUAUAAUGGAUAAUGAUAAUCAAGUGUAGCUAUCAAAACAUAAAUACAUAUUUUGUAAAAAAGCUCACAAUGUAUGAAGAAAAUGUCAGGAAAUUGAUAGCAGAGGGGAGACCUUUAGUAUCAAGUGCCAAGCUGCUUCUGUUCUGUAUAUUCAGUUGAGUCUCACUUUGGUAGGCUUGCAUAUAGUUUCGACAAAAUCAAAACCUACAAAACUACAUUUUAACAAUUAUUUAAAAAAAAAUACUAAGUGCAGUAUGACCUGUGAAAAAAGGAAGACUGUGCAGGAAAAUAAGCUUCCAGUUGUGCCAAUCUUAGAUCUGAACGGUGCUUUAAAUCUGUGAGAAUUGUAUAAAAUAUGCACCUAAUUAGCCUGAUGUGUGUAUAACAUAGUAGUGCCCUAAUUAAUAAAAUUACAAUGGCAUAACACAUUA